AGGCAUAUUUCGCUGUCCAAAAUGGGACAUAAGAAUUCCAGCACCGUCGCUGAGCUGGUCCUUGUGGAAUUUUCCAAUCAUCCCCAAAGUGAGACACCCCUCUUCUUCCUGUUCUCUCCGGCCUACUUGGCCAAUUGUUUUGGAAACACAGCCGUCAUCACUUUGGUGGUUCUGCAUUCCCCUCUCCAGACACCCAUGUAUAUCUUCCUGUGUCACCUGGCCUUUCUCAACAUAUUUUUUAGCGCAAUCGUGGUCCCCAAGAUGCUCUAUAACUUCCUUGCAACCAGGAAAGUCAUCUCUUACCACUUCUGCCUUGCUCAGACCUACAUCACCUUAUUCCUGGAGGUGACUGAGUGCUUUCUUCUUGCAGUGAUGGCACUGGACCGCUGUGUGGCCAUUUGUUUCCCACUGAGGUAUCUGCUCAUCAUGAACACGUCUGUGUGUGUGGCACUGGCUCUGGGAGCCUGGACCACAGGCUUCUUUGCUUCAGUGGUGCCUCUGUUCUUCACAAUCCUCCCACUCUGUGGUCCUUAUGUUGUUGACUAUAUUUUCUGUGAACUGCCCAUCCUUCUUCACAUGUUCUGUGCAGAUACAUCCCUGCAGGAGGCCAUGAUUGCAGGAGGGGCUGGAACAGUGUUACUCCCCUUCCUCCUCAUUAUUCUCUCCUACCUGCGCAUCCUGGUGGCUGUGAUGAGAAUAGACUCAGUUGAGAGCAGGAAAAAAGCCUUUUCAACCUGUGCUUCCCAUCUGACUGUGGUGACCAUAUAUUAUGGAACAGGAUUAAUCAGAUACAUGAGGCCCAAGUCCCUUUACUCAGCAAAGGGAGACAAACUGAUCUCCUUGUUCUAUGUGGUCAUCAACCCUACGCUGAAUCCUUUCAUUUACAGCCUGAAGAACAUGGAAGUGAAGCAGGCUAUGGGAAGAGUUAUAGGAAAAUACAGAAAUAAAAUUAAAUCACAUACUAGGAUGUGUAGAAGUUAA